AAAAGGGAUUUCCGGUCAGCUCUGGACUUCUGCAAGAUCCAAACAUCGCUCCGCCCGCCCCGUCCCGAAAAAAGAAACAGAAACCGCCAAAGAUACUUCGGAGUCAGAUAUCCUCACCACGGGCUCUGACUUGAGCUGUGGAAAUUCCAUCUGUGCAAGCAGGCAGAGCUUGGGGUGAGGGGCAGAGGGAAUCAGCCCAAUUCCUUCUCCAGGCAAGAGUCCCAGUUUUAGAGAAUCAAGGCAUUAAUUGACUCUUACCAGAAUCUGCAACAGAAAUAAUUUCAUCCACACAUAGCCCAGGUGUGCAGAGAAAAUCAUUCCACAACAGGAUUUGUCAUUCCCAAGCCUUUGGUGGAUGGAAAAGGAAAAGCCUCAGAGAUCCCACACAAGCAGUGGCUGCAAACCCAGACCAGGGAGCUGCAGGGAGGAAAGAGCCCCCCUGAGCCAGGAAGGCAGCUGGAAAUCCAGCCGGAGCUCAGAGCCGGUGGAGAAGAAGCCUCAUGGCGGGGAGAAGCCACACAAGUGCUUGGAAUGUGGGAAGGGUUUCAAGUACAGCUCCCAUCUGAGGGAGCACCAGAAGAUCCACACUGGGGAAAAGCCCUACAAGUGUGGGGAGUGUGGGAAGGGCUUCAGCAAGAGCUGCAACCUCAUCAGCCACAGCAAGAUCCACACUGGGGAACGGCCCCACACCUGCCUGGAAUGUGGGAAGAGCUUCAGGCGGAGCUCCAGCCUGAGGGAACACCAGAUGUUGCACACUGGGGAGAAGCCCUUCGAGUGUCCUGAGUGUGGGAAGAGGUUUCUGAGGCCAUCCCGUCUCCUUCUGCAUCAGCGCAUUCACACAGAGGAGAGGCCCUUCCACUGCCCCGACUGCGGGAAGGGCUUCAAGCACAACUCCACCCUCCUGAACUGGCGCCUCCACACAGGGGAGAGGCCCUACGAGUGUGGGGAGUGCGGGAAGAGCUUUGUGCGCUGCUCCAGCUCCAUCCCCCAUGGAGCAUCCACAUUGGAUGAUCCCCAGUGAGCCCUGCUGGGCAGAGCCUUGGUGAUUCAUGGUCCUCAUGAUCCCUCUUGGGUAUGGGAAAGGUGCUGGAGAGAUUUCUUUCCCACCUCCUUGUCCUGGUGUGAUUUGGCUGAUAAUAAAUUCACUCCCUGUGCCCAGACUGGGUCUGUUGUGCCCGUGCUGGUGUUCAGGGUGGAAUCUCUCCCGUUC